AUGCUUAUUUCAUUGGUGCUGAACACGGUCGUGCAGUACUCCGUAAAAACUAUGGACCAAUCGAAUUGUUUUUGGCUCCAGGUGAUCCCAAUGUUUGGAGCCUGUGUUGGAAGCCCUUUUAUAUUAUGUCUCGGUUUAGACCGCUUCGCUGCAGUAAAACUCCCUUCCAGACUCGUUGUAUGCUCGAUUCCUCAAAGUUAUGGAGUGGUAGCGUUCGACUUGUUGAAUCAAAUUGGAAUUGCCGUGAAUGUCGCAAUCGUUGUGGUAUAUGCCUUGACAUUUUACGUGCUCAGAAGAAGCGGAGCUAGAUCUGAAGAACUGAUUGAGCCAGUUUUCAAAGCCUUCGCCGAGAACAAGUCAGCCCAUACGAAUGACAAGGUGGUAAGAAAUUCAAUAGCCAAUUACAAACCAUAG